AUGAAGAAUAUAAGUGAUUCUUCGACAACAACAACGAUUAUUAUUCAACCACAAUCAUUAGAAAAUGAUUCCAAAUUAAUUAAACGUAUUUUUCGUCUAGGUUGGAUAUCAUUUAUACUUGGUAUUUGUGCUUUUCUUAUACAUUAUAUAUCAUUAGAAUAUCUAUCUAAUUUCUCACCAAUUAAUGCUGGAAUUAUCUCAGGGUUUUUUCUUAUAAUUGCUGGUUUAUCAUCUGUUGUUGCUGGAUACAAACAAAUAUCAUAUCGAUAUCUUCUACAUGCUCAAAUUUGGUCAUUUAUUGUUAAUAUUAUCUUAGCACCAGGUCUUAUUGCAGUUUCUAUUACUGCAUUGAUUAUUGAUAAUCAAGAUAUAUAUCCAAUAUGUCAACCAACUGUGUCAACAUCACGAAUUAUGUUGUCUGGAAAUGUUUUAGAAAUUUAUCCCUCAAAUAUUCCAUGUAUAAAAAUAACAAAUCUAUUCAAAUUAACACAAAUACUUAAUACAAUUCUAUUAAUUAUUGGUAUAUUAUGUUUUUUUAUACAUAUGUUUCUUUUAUCUGCUCAAAGAAAAUUAAUUAAACAAAUGAAAAUAAAUGAGAAUGAAAUUGAUAAAAAAAUUAUUAUCUAUACUCAACCGUCUACAAUUGAUAGAAAUCAAACAAUAUUCAAUGCUGAUGAUCCACCACCGAAAUAUGAAGAUCUUCCAUCAAUGCAAACAAUUUCCGAAUAA